UCCAAUAUUUUUGCUCCCCGGCGCGCUGGGAUUAUGUAAGUCUCCGGCGUGAGGACGUGRCUGUAUCUGGCAGCCCGUGUCGCUGCGCUGAAGGAAUGGCAAGACCGCUCUGUGCUGUGGGGUAGCAGCUCGCGGAUGUGCUGCCCUUUCCAUUGGCGCAGAGCUGCUGCCUGCCGCCCUUACGUAAGUGGAGGGGGCUCUCCGUGUGCAGCAGGGAGGCUGCUUUUCUSUGCAACGCCAUUUCCUCGGAGUGCCCGGCUGCAGCACAAUGGCUGACAAUAAAGCAAAGUCAACCAAGCCUGCGAAUAAGACUCCUCCAAAGUCUCCUUCAGAUCCAGCAAAGGAGCGAGCAGCAAAACGAUUAUCCUAUGAUUCGAACAGCUCACACGAGGGAGCCAUGGCAGGAGAAAUAAGUGCUCUGGAAGAGGCUUUUAGAAAAUUUGCCAUCCAUGGCGAUACAAGAGCCACAGGAAAAGAAAUGCACGGGAAGAACUGGUCAAAGCUAUGUAAGGACUGUCAUGUGAUAGAUGGGAAGAAUGUGACAAUCACAGAUGUUGAUAUUGUCUUCAGUAAAAUCAAGGGGAAGUCUUCCAGAACGAUCACUUUUGAGCAGUUCAAGGAAGCUCUGCAGGAACUCUCCAAGAAGCGGUUUAAAGACAAGAGCGACGAGGAAGCAGUUCAAGAAAUACAUAAACUAAUUGAAGGCAAAGUCCCCAUUAUAUCUGGAGUAACGAAAGCCAUUUCAUCUCCAACUGUAUCACGCCUUACAGAUACAACAAAAUUCACAGGUUCUCAYAAAGAGAGGUUUGAUCCGAGCGGGAAAGGAAAAGGCAAAGCAGGUCGAGAAGAUCUGGUGGAUUCUUCGGGAUACGUAUCUGGCUAUAAGCAUGCAGGCACGUACGAUCAUAAAGUGCAAGGAAGCAAGUAAGGCUGAGGGUUUACAAUACAGAGGGGGAAAAAAAAGAGGGGGAAAGAGAAUAUAUUUGUAAGAAUGAUGUAGAUGAAUCCCACAUGUUUCAGUUAUUGUGAAUGCUAAGACUGUGUUGUCAAGAAGUUGUUUUCAGGAACUGGAACUGAUUUCAACAUCUGCUGAGCUACUUGCAGUACAACGCCACUUCAUUACAUUCCUCAUGAGUAUAUUGGCAAAAAUAAAUGUAUCAGUAUAAAAAAAGACACCAUUCUGUUGAGCAUUAGAUAAAAACCCCAAAGCCAAGAGCUGUAAUUCCACACUGUCAAUUCUAGGGAAAGAUUUUAAACAUUCCUGAGUGUCCAGUUGCCCUGAAGACGUAGGAGAGAACAUCUUGGAAAGAGCAUCUUUCRAUAGUAGCUGUUCUAAAGAGCAUCCUGUUGAUUUGACUACUGUUUGGGGCUUAAGGGUUUUUUUUCAAUGUCUUAUAGGGGAUCUGGCACUCCCCUAAAAGAUUCAACAGUUGGGGAGUAAGUGGCUGUAAUAUACAGGUGCUAGCCUGUAUGUUUCAUAUACCAUUUAGGAACAACUGAAAAAAAAACCAAAAACAAGCCACUUCUGAGACCAUUUAAUUUCUAAGGUAUCUUUGUCAGCAGAAAGAUGUGGAAAAUACCAGCCCUUAUUCCCCUGUUGUCUGUCCUUCUUGCUAGUUAUGUGUGUACCGUAGCCUGGUUCUGACUGCCUGGGUUUGGGUGGAGCUAAUGUACUAACCUGGGAGACGAGGAGCAAGACAUACCUAAGAAAGUCUAUAAAACCUUUUUUAGUCUGUUCUCAAGUUUGCACUGCCUCACACUUGAAAUGAAGGGGRCAUUAAGAUAAUGCUUUAAAAUAGUAACUAUGACUAAACACUGCCACUCAGAUUGGCAAUUGUUAGGUGAGUGUCCUUAUGCACACUUAUCAUGCACAUACAUUGGCACAUAUUUCCUUUAAUGGAGAGUAGGUGUAAAGAAAAUUUAUGGUUCCUUAGAGUAAGGACACUUAAAAUUAAUAUUCAUGUAAUUAGGUAUGACUUGCCCCCAAAAUUACACUGCCAAAGCUGGGCUUCAUGACUGGGUACUUUUUUUCUGAAGCCAAGGGACUCGAUUCUCCUUUCACUUAUGCUGCCUGACUCCAUAAUAAUUGGAAUUACUCCAAAGUAUCAAUUUUUCACUCCAGAGUAUCCGCUUUCCACUGCUGUAGGAAGAGAAGCAGCUCCGCAGAGUUAAGGUACAAGCAGCUGAGCAUAACUUGCAGGGGGCACAAUGCAAAAACUCUUUUUAGUUAAAAAAGAAAGAAAAAGCUCAUCCAGAUUUUCAAGAAAGCAGAAUGAGCACCCUGAUGUGUUACUCUACUUGUGUGAAAUUAUCAAAAAUAGUAGUUGGGUAUUUAAAAACAGCUGCCAGCAGUUCUACUUUCCUUCAGAAGAAGCUCAUGCACUGAUUUUAAUGCUCAACUCUGGAUGAAGUUUAGUAACUUUGUUGCUCUUCCCUUAGCCUUUAUCAGCCUCACUCUUAGAGUGCACAAAAUCAGUGUUUGGCAAAGUGCAUGUGCUGCCACGUGCCAUGCAGGUUGGCAGCUGUGUUUGGCUUGUGUCCAGAGACAGCAAACUGGCUUGAACAGUUCAUGUUCUGUUUUUCUCACAUUGAAGGGUAGCCUUUCUUGCAACUUUGCCUCCAGUGACCCUGUGAGCCCAUAGAUGAGCCUGAAACCAAAACAACAAUAACAAACAAAGGCAAGGACUUCCUCAUGGACUUGGAGAUUUCUUAUUUGUUUGUCAUUUGUUUUGGUUUUUGUUUUGAGGAUGAAGGGAAGUUUGCCAAAACUCAGCACUUGUUCUUAUAAGGAUUUAAAUGUCUGGAUUUUUUUUUUGUUYUGUUAUGUUUUUGUUUUGUUUUGCACGGGUGGCUCUUAUUACCUGGGAAGAGUUUUGAUGUAUGUGAGGAUGCUCAGGAUGAGAAGCUUCCAGGUUUGUGAAGGCUUUCCAAGAGUUACCUGUUUUUCUUGAAGAAAGACGUCCAGGGAAGUAAGAGUUAUCCUCUUCUGUGCUGCACUGGUAACCUGUCAUACUUUCAAAGGCAGAAAAUAGCACACUGUGAUACAAGGGAUGACCUGGUGGUGGAAAGGAAAGGAAGGGAACUGGCUGGCUGUAGAGAACCUGCUCCUUUUUGCUGUGUCCCAGAUGCUUGGGCACCUGGAAAUAGCUCCAGGAUGGUUUUGCUUUUAUGAAUAAAAAGGCCAAGCUUCUAAUCCUUAACAAAUCCUUAGCUAAGGUACAGGCAAAGCUAAUGUCCCUGUUCUCCCCAUUGACUUUAAGACUUGACUCACAGCUCAGUGGUAUUUGAAAAGAUCUGGGCGCAGCCCAAAGAUCCCGUGUCCCGCAGAGCCCUUUCGACGCCAGGUUCACGGUGCUCUUCCUUGCUGCUCAGCUGCUGUGGUUGGCACAAGGCCGAAACUUAAGCCAGGGUGCCCAAGUGACAGGCUUGCUGACAUACCCAAACGCUGAGUGUCUCUGUUGCUACGUGGGAGGGGUAAAACACACACUGUAGGGAGGGUGUAAAAUUUAACUACUUUCCAGGUGGCUAGCAUGCUGAUCAGGUAGCGAGCAUCCUAUGGAGAGGGAGCRGAUAUGGACAGUGUCAGUGCAAGCCAACAGAAAGAGGUGGAUGGCACUAGUUGGGAUGCUGCCAGAGUCUGUGYUGCGUUGAAAUCCCUGCUAGAACCAACAUUUUUUGCAUGGACUUGAUGGCUGCAAAGGUUUUUCAAUAACACAAUAAGCUUUGGAUCAAGACCUGAGAAGACAUUUUAGACAGYAGUAUUAUAUUGUGAGAAAUUCAUUUCUUUGUUUCUUCUUCUUUCCUUCUGUUAGAACUUUUUAAAACCYAGUUAAAUGGAGACAUUAGAAGAAGUCAUUCUGAUAUGAGAGCAAGAAAGAGAAGUGGUAUCUGGAAAGAUAGUACUUGGCAACUUUUAUUCCUUUUUUACUGCUUUUGGCUUGGAGGACAUCUGCUAUGAAAGGAAAGCACCACAUACAGUUGUGUAUUAAGUCUUCAGCCACCAAAAUAAGCUCCUACUCCCCCCUUAGUACCUGUGGGAAGUUAAAAGUGUAAGUACUAGCUUGAAUGUUAGCCAGACUUGGCGUUCCAGGUCGGAGAGAGCUCUGUGCAAAGUGGUGUAGCCCUCGUUUGGCUGUGUGUUCACCUGCCACUUCUGUGCUCUGAGGACACCAAGGUUGCAGCGAAGAAGGCGCAGGAGACCCCUUUGGCCCUCGGAAGGAUUGCCGAGGAUAUGCUUUUCUCAUGCACUUYUGCUCUAAACUGUACCUCAAUGGCAUGUCCCAAGUAAGGACAUCUCCACCGAGCAGUUUAUGCUUCUAUGCUUUUUCUGGGCAUCUAAGUUAAUUUCGUCCAACUCUCCAACACAAUUUGCCACAUUUUGU